AUCCCGACAAAGCGGCCCUAUUUCUUUUCAUCCAGAAAAAGUCGAAGAACCUGAAAAGCGACGAUGUACGCCCGAACAAACACCGGCAGCGCACAUGGAGACUUCCAGGAUCGAAACGGAGUUAAUUAUGUGACAUCGACAGAGACCUUCGGUCACUGCUCUCAAUUGUUCUGGAAAAAGGAUCCCAACGACUCCGGACCGAGUUCGACCAUCAGUUGGUGUGAUCAGCUCCCAUCGUCCUCAGCAGCCCUCACCAGCUCUAAUCUGUCCGCAGCAUCACUGACAACCUCCAAUCUUUCCCUGGACUCCAGAGCACCAGCCCCUGCAACGACAACGGCGCCAGAUGACAUGGAAUCGGACGAGAGGCCAUACACCUGUGACAUGUGCACCUGCGCCUACAAGCACGCCAGCUCUCUGCUCAACCACAAGCUCACACACAAGACAGGAGACUUCAGAUGUGACUUUUGCAGCAAGCCCUACACCAACUACAUGUCCCUACGCAACCAUAUGCGAAUCCACGGCCAGAAGCGCUACAUGUGCGACUUGUGCGGGAAGGCCUUCCGUUUGGCCCGGUACCUCCGUAACCACCAGAGGAUCCACGAUGACGGACCAAACCGCUUUGAUUGUCCCUCUUGCUGUAAGAGCUACAGGACCAUGCUGGAGCUGGCCCAGCAUCGCUGCACCUCUGCAUCAACUAGCCAGAACCGGUUCAACUGCCCGUCCUGCUUUAAGAGCUACCGAACCAUGCUGGACCUGGCCCAGCACCGCUGCAGCGCCGCGGCCAAAAACCAGUCUGGCAGUCGCCGGUCCAAUUUCCCCAACACUCCUCGCCGUCAGCAGCAGCGGCAGAACAAUGCUAACGCCAUGAUGCAACAGCAGCAUGGAGGACACGGUCGGCAGGAAUCUCUUCCCUCCCACUGCGUGUCACCAAUGUCUCAGGGCGGGCAAGGCGGCAACGUGGCCAGCCAGUCCAUACCCGACCCCCACCAGCAGGGCCGUCCCAGUUCAGUGUCCUCCCAGAGCAGCCAGCAGAGCAUGAGGAGCUCGUCCUCCAACAAACACGUCUCCUCCUCUAGCGCCGCCCCAUCCUCCUCUUACUCCCUGCUCCAGCCCCUGGUGCCUGAGGUAAAGGAGAUGAGCUUGGGAUACACUAGGCUGAGCGCCAACCCUAUGCCGAAGCACCAGGACACUUUCUCUCUGGCCCCCCAGCGGCCCCUCACCACCAUCAACCCCAUCAACCCCAUUGGCCACUCCCUUCAUCCGAACGGAGCGCCCACGCUCAAGCCUUCCCCCGUGCCACGCACCAUCCAGGCCAUGCCCUGGGAGCAGCGCUCCCUCUACAAUCAAUGAGACCUCCACCCCUACCCAUCCCCUUCACUUCGCAUCUGCCGCCACCCCCUCUUCGUCCCCACCCAUUUCGGAUCCAGCAUCAAGGACGGAGGACUCCAGAGGCGCCCCCUCCUCCACCUCGCCCCUCCUUUUGGAACGUUAUGUUUGGGAUCAGGGACGGGCACUAUUGAGAACUAGUUAAGAUUGAUUACCAAGUAGUUAGGUUAAAAAAAUGUGUUGCCUUGACCCUUAUGUAUGAUCUAUGCCAUGUACUGGAUAUAAGUUAAAAUGUCCCCUAAUCUGUCCUCUCACUGAGAAUUUAUCCUCCUCCCCACUCUAGUUAUGAAAAUAUCUAUCCUCCCCAUUAUGAAUAGUGUCUCUCCUCACCCCCCACUCUCCUUAUCCAUAUCUUAAAAGAAACAAGAGGCUAUUUUUUAUCAACAGUGUGUUCUAUGCCCUGAGCCCUGAAGUUGUCAAAGUAAAUGUGACAAAAUUCUCCAUUUCAGUUUGAUAUGUUUCCGAACAUAAAACCCAACUUUUUGCUAAAGGAGGCUUCUGGAAAGUAAAGGGAAGGGGGGAAACAAACUUUUUUUUAAACGUACCCCUUCAACAUGCUCCAGAAUGAACUUUGUGUAUAUUGUGCGUUAGGAGGUUUCAUGGCUAUUUCAAAAAGUCGUUUCCGUUCUGUUUGACGUUACAGCACCCACACCUCUCAUCUCUGAGCACCAGGCAACCGCGAGGACCACAACUAUUGUUCAGCAAAGCAUUUUGGGAAAAGUGCAGUUUGUGCAGUUGGGCUUCUGUGUUGUGAAGUGAACUGAAGCCCCGCUGUCGGAAUAGGACGUGUUCACUACGUAGCCGCAGCCACAGAAUAAGGACAUUGUGGUGCGGUGACCUUCUUUCAACACACAACUGAAAGUUCACUUUUCCUAAAUGUGCAACUGAGUGGUGGCGCGUUUUUAGUGUAGUUUUACUGACUGUUAGCUGGGAAUCAAAUCUAGAAGAAACAGCACAGGUCUCCAUCCUUUCUGUUCCAAACUCACCGUUAACAUGUGUUCCUUUCACUUUAAAGCACUUGAAGACAAGUGCUGUUUAAUUAUUACUGUUACUGUCUCUGCCACCCAUCCCCUCCCUCUGUCUAGAGCUCUGUGUAACAUUGCCUUACAUCCUGCCCUCAUCACAACUCACUGACAUGAUCUUCGGCAGGGAUGUCUCAGUGUGGAAAUUUUCCCAUUGGGUAAUAAAAUCAUGCAAACACUGGUGUUACUGGUUACACCGGACAUUUAACAGGAAAUGGCUCGGUGUUUACAGCAUUUACUGAGUGCGAUCUGUAACGUCAGAUAUCUCUGCAGGCAGCCUCAGUCUUCUGCUUGCACAUGAAGUUGUGUGCAGUGUUAAAUUAUCUAGACUGUGGCCGUCAUGUCAUAACUCAUCAUGACUAAAAGAUCUUGAAGAAAUAAAAAAAUCCAACGUCUUAUUUAACUUUAAACCCCAAAUCUUUACAACCCCCGUCGGUCAGCUCUCCUCAAGUUCCCCGUGUUGUGACUCUUCUGUAGAGCGAGACGACGCGACCUGAACCUGACGGGACAAAAGACCCUUUUUAGCUACUAGGUCGGGUCGGACAGCAAAAUGCAGAGUCACGCUCUACGGAGCAGACACUUUCACUUAAUAACUGUAGCGUCACACUAAGUAUUGAUAAUUAGUGACGUGGGAACUUCCACUGAUGCACAGAAAAAAUGAAGGAGGGCUGAGGGACUUCUGUAUUCGUAAUGUGCCUGAACACCGUGUAACCAGUAACACCGAUUACCACGGCAGCCCUAAUCGCUGGUGACUUGGCAGCAGAACUGGUGCCUGGUUUGUUUCUGUGACUUGGCUGUUAGUGGAAGCUACAGUGGUUAAUGGGACAGAUUGUUGGCAGCUCUGGACACCACUCCCACCCUCACCCCAGCCUCACCCCUGCUCCGACAUGUCCUCCAGUGUUGCUUUUCUUGUAGAGAACGUCAUGCCUGCAUCUCACUGUUCCUGGUAUGGAUUUAGUUUACACCUACCUGCAGGGUGUUUCAAUAAGCAGCCAAUUGUAGUUGGCCGGAUGAAUCCAAAUUCGCCCUACAGUGUUUUGUAAACAGUUGUUUUGAUAAAUAACAGUUUAAACAUGGAUCCCAUAGGUAGCUAUGCUAGGUUUUGCUUGCUAACACGGUGCUCAUUGAAAUACCCACAAUUCUACUGACAUUGUAUUUUCUCUUUUAAAAGUUGUUUCUAUUUUUAUUCAUGACAUGUUUUCAUUGUUGCUUUUCUCUCUCCUUGUAAAGUGUCUUUGAGUAUUUAGAAAAGUGCUAUACAAAUAAAAUGUUUUAUCAUUA